GCGGCGGCGGCGGCAGGAGCUGCAGGAGGAGGAGGAGGCGCCGCGGCGGUUUGGUACCGAGCGGAGAGGGAGAUGCACACGGCACUCGAGUGAGGAAACAGAGAUGAAGGUACACAUGCACACAAAAUUUUGCAUCGUUUGUUUGCUGACAUUUAUCUUUCAUCAGUGCAAUCAUUGCCAUAAAGAUGGACGUGACCGUGGUCCUGAAGAGGGACACGAAGACCACCAUAACUGCUAUCAGAUCUCAGAGACACCCUACCACCAGACUGCGGGAUCGGAAUCCAUGCCGAGUAAAUUUUCAACAUCGGAAGCUGAAAAGGAACAGAAAUACUACAUUGAAAAAAUCUUUGAUCGUUACGGUGAAAAUGGAAGAUUAUCCUUUUUUGGCCUGGAGAAACUGUUAACGAGCCUUGGUUUAGGAGAAGUAAAAGUAGUAGUGAUAAAUCAUGAUGAUAUUGGCCACGAUCAUGUUUCUCACCUAUAUGCUUUAGAAGUACAGGAAGGAAAGCAUUUGCACUCUCAUAACCAUCCUCAUAGCCACUCCGAUUCAGAAAACCAAACCGUGGUUGGUAUGGCUGAAAAGAAAAAUCAUAAAUGUAACUCUGAGAGAGAGGCAGUAGUGUCAUCUAUAAAAGGUGAUGGUAAACGUAUUCACGACCAGAGUCACCAUCACCAUCAUCACCACCCUCAUCCGCAUCAUCAUCUCGACCAUAACGGUACGCAUCAUUCUCGUAAUGAUUCAGUUACUCACAGUGAUCACGGAGAGCAGAAUCACGGGCCUUCCACAGAAACCAACACGACCCAGGAUCAGCGUGAAAGAAAACAGCGGAAACAGAAGAAGAAACGAAAGAAAAUUAGUGAGACUUCAGGAGAUAAUACUCAAGACUGUCCUCCGAACCAUCACCUAGGUGAUCAGUGUGAGCACAAUCGUGUUCAUAAACACGAUCAUGUACACGAUGCGUCUCACUUUCAUGCGCACCAUCGUGAACACAGUGGCGAUCUUUCCACUAAUCACGGACAUCAGGAUUCCGGCCUGGGUAGUGAGGAUGGUCAUCACCAUACCAGCAAGCGAGAGGCACCUUGUAAGCACACAGGUGUACGAAAACACACUAUUUCAGCACGUGGUCAUAAGGAUCGUAAUGAAGACGAACGCGAUUGUGAAGAGUGCUUAAAUGUUACUCAGCUGCUACGACGCUACGGUCUGGAAACCAGCUCUCAAAUAUCUCCUGAAUUUUUUAUAUAUAUGUGUCCUGCUCUGCUAUACCAGAUUGACAGAAGGCUUUGUAUUGUACAUUACGAUGAGCUUGAAGAUCUUGUGAAAAGUAAAACUGCAUCAAUUGAGAGCGAAGAUAAAACAGGCGCUUCAGCCUGGGUUUGUGGUAUCAUCUCUAUCACCGUCAUUAGCCUGCUUUCCUUGCUAGGUGUGAUCUUGAUUCCCAUCAUUAACCAAUGGUGCUUCAAAUUUCUUCUAACUUUCUUGGUAGCUCUGGCUGUAGGAACAAUGAGCGGAGACGCUCUACUCCAUCUGUUGCCACAUUCACACGGAGGCCACAAUCACAGUCACCACCACGGCCCAGGCCACAUUCAUGAACACAAGCAUUCUCAUCGACAUGCCCAUGGACAUGGAGUAGAGAACGAAGGCUUUCUCCAAGAAAAUGAUCCAGUAUUGAAAGGUCUUGUAGCACUCGGAGGCAUUUAUGUUUUGUUCAUCAUUGAACACUGUAUAAGAAUGUACAAGCAUUACAAUAAACAAAAGAGUAAGCAGAAAUGGUGCAAGAAUAAGCAGAGUGAAGAAUCGCCAAUUGGAAGGAAACUUUCAGAUCAGAAACUAAAUAAUAGACCAGAUGCUGACUGGCUUCAGCUCAAACCCCUUGCAGGAGCAGAUGACUCUGUUCUAUCUGAAGACAGACUUAAUGAAACCGAACUGACCGACUUAGAUGGCCAGCUGGAAUCCCCUCCUAAAAACUUCUUGUCAGUAGAAGAGGAGAACAACGUGCACCAUUCUCACAACGAUGUCUUACGUGCUGCUCAAGAACACGAUCUUCAUGAUUUAGAGUAUGACAGCCACGGCGAAGAUAAGAUGAUAGCUACAAAACACAGUCACCCCUGGCAUCACAAACACUCUCAUCAUUCCCACGGCCACUGUCAUUCUGGAAAAGACCUGAAAGAUACAGGGAUAGCUAAUAUUGCUUGGAUGGUAAUCAUGGGAGAUGGCAUUCACAACUUCAGCGACGGCUUAGCAAUAGGAGCAGCUUUUAGCGCUGGUCUGACAGGAGGGAUUAGUACAUCUAUAGCAGUAUUUUGUCACGAGCUGCCCCAUGAAUUAGGUGAUUUUGCUGUGCUUCUUAAAGCUGGUAUGACAGUAAAGCAAGCUAUUGUGUACAACCUGCUGUCCGCCAUGAUGGCUUACGUAGGCAUGCUGAUCGGCACAGCGGUGGGACAGUAUGCGAAUAACAUCACCUUGUGGAUCUUCGCAGUCACUGCAGGCAUGUUCCUCUAUGUGGCGCUGGUCGAUAUGUCCUUUUCAGGUCUCGCUGAGGCGAAUGGCUGCAUAGUAGAGAAUAAAUCCUCGUGUAAAUAUAGAUGUUCUGCGGUAGCCUAUAGUUACCGGAUACCAGCUAGUUUCCUGUAAGUUCUGUGCUCAUAUUUUUUUCCUUCAUGUACUUUCACUGAAGACAGAAUGUAUAAAGGAAGGCAGUAUUUUCAUUCUGCAGUAUUUUUAUUCUUGGUCCAUUUCCUUAGGCACACAAGCAUUCAAUAUAGUCUGACUCUAAAGAAGAGCGGGAGUGCCUCUGUGUGAUACACCUGAAAAUGCACUGAGUUCUUACAACUCCUUAAUCUGCCUUCCUCUCGAAGUCCCUGUCUUCUGACACCUAAUAGGAACGGAAUUGAAUUGUUUUGCAGUUCAGCUGAGGCCCGCUAAGGGGCGACUGACCUUCUGGUAUUCUUGUGUAUGAUAGAAGUUCAUCUGAUGAGAUAGAUUUCUGUAUUGCUAAAAUUUAGUUUUCUCCUAGUUGAGAGGAGGGAGAACCUGAACUGAACUCAGGAAAUCUUACAUCCUUAAGGCUCUCUAUGACCUCAUGCUGUCACUUAUGUGGAGAUGAUUUUUGAAUUCUGUUCU